GCAGACGGGCCGUGCGGCUCUGCGCGGGCACACGGGCACAGCGGGCUGCGGUCCGGCGCCAGCACGGGCAUCCCCGCGCCGAGACGCGGGACGUGACUCAGGGAACACACAAGCUUCUUCAUCAUGGGAGCUGUAGUAGCUGAUGAUGGUCCCUCAGGUGUUAAAGCCCCUGAUGGAGGCUGGGGCUGGGCUGUCCUUUUUGGCUGUUUUAUCAUCACAGGAUUCUCCUAUGCCUUUCCUAAGGCAGUUAGUGUCUUCUUUAAAGAACUUAUCCGGGAAUUUGGCAUUGGAUAUAGCGACACUGCAUGGAUUUCCUCCAUUCUGUUGGCCAUGCUUUAUGGAACAGGUCCACUUUGUAGCGUAUGUGUCAAUCGCUUUGGUUGUCGCCCUGUCAUGCUGGUGGGUGGCCUUUUUGCUUCAAUGGGGAUGGUGAUAGCUUCCUUCUGCACAAGCAUCGUUCAGAUCUAUCUAACUGCAGGUGUGAUUACUGGUUUGGGUUUGGCACUAAACUUUCAGCCUUCACUCAUCAUGUUAAACCGUUACUUUGACAAACGCCGGCCCUUAGCCAAUGGGCUAUCUGCUGCUGGGAGUCCAGUGUUUCUUUGUGCUCUCUCACCAUUGGGGCAGAUAUUACAGCAUGAGUACGGUUGGAGAGGAGGAUUCCUUAUCCUGGGCGGGAUGCUGCUCAACUGCUGUGUAUGCGGAGCACUAAUGAGACCUUUGGAGCCACCCAAAAAGGCUGAAGCUACCAAAGAGCCAGCUGAGAAGAAAGUGAAGAAAAAACUUCUGGAUUUCAGUGUGUUUAAAGACGGUGGUUUUGUAAUCUAUACACUAGCAGCAUCUAUCAUGGUGCUUGGCCUCUUUGUUCCUCCAGUGUUUGUUGUGAGUUAUGCCAAGGAUUUAGGGUAUCAAGACACCAAAGCAGCUUUUCUUCUGACUAUUCUGGGAUUCAUUGAUAUCUUUGCUCGCCCAAUCUGUGGAAUGGUAGCUGGUCUUAAAUGGGUUAGACCACGCUGUGUCUACCUCUUCAGUUUUGCUAUGAUUUUUAAUGGUUUUACAGAUCUCAUGGGCUCUAUGUCUGUUGAUUAUGGUGGACUGGUGGUCUUUUGCAUUUUCUUUGGCAUUUCUUAUGGAAUGGUAGGUGCUCUUCAGUUUGAAGUUCUCAUGGCUAUCGUUGGUACGCAGAAGUUUUCCAGUGCUAUCGGUUUAGUGCUCCUGGCAGAAGCUAUGGCUGUUCUGAUUGGCCCACCAUCAGCAGGAAAACUCCUGGAUGCAACGGGGAGGUACAUGUUUGUUUUCAUUAUUGCUGGAAUUGAAGUUACCACCUCAGCCCUUGUAUUGGCCUUGGGAAAUUUCUUCUGCAUUAAGAAAAAAUCAGAAGAACCACAUACAAAAGAAGAAGCAGCAGAAAGAGAGGAAUUAAACAAAUGUGAAAACAAAACUCCUGAAGAUGCCAAAGUGGACUCUAUUGAAGUGGAGCAGUUUCUGAAAGAUGAGCCUGAAAAAAACGGCGAAGUUGUAACUAACCCAGAAACAUGUGUAUGAGCAUAACAAGGAACUGAGAAGUGUUUAGAAAAGAAAGAUUUCCAACGCUAUUUAUUUUAGAAACAGAAAUAGUUUAGGGCUGGGCCAUCUGCUUUAGUAACUUGGGGCUAGUCAGCUCAUCAGGUCUCUUUGGAAGCUGAUUAGCUAGACAACAUCUUACCGGAAAAAUAGCUUUAUUGGUAAAAGGUGGAACAUUGUGGUUAUGUAUUUUAUGUAAACUAAAAAAGCUUUUAUGAACACAAGUAGGCUCUUGCUAUGCAUCACCAGAAACUGCUCACUUGGAAGAUACAGGAAAAGCAUAUUUUCAGAAAAGUGGAAUUAUAUGUAUGUUUUCAGACAAUAUUGAUGAAAUUGCUGUGUUGUGUGGCUAAAUAUAAUUUCCCUACGUUCUCUGUGAAGGGAAAAGAGUUUGAGAUGGAUAAAAAUCUCAGGAACUUAAAGGUCUCCAUUAGGUUUUAGAAUUUCUUACCUUUUUAGAUAUUUUUUUUAGAUAAUUGGCUCAGCCCUAAUUUAAUUUUGAUAAGAUCUGUAACUUUGAUUUAUGUAAAUGCAUUUCUGCCUAAACCUGUAACCUUUGCAAUAAUCACCUGGAAAUCCUGUUUUUGGAAAGGCACAUUACAGACAGUGUCCUCAGCAGAUCACACAAGUGGUAUUCUGAGAUAGUACUAAAAAAAACCCAAACAGCAGAAUGGAUCCUGACAGACCUUGAGGAAACAAAAUUAGUCCACAAUUCCAUGCACUGUUUUCAGUAAAAUUUCCCUACAGCAUUGAAAAAUAUUACAAGUAAGCUGGACAAGAUGAUUAGUAGAAUAGUCUGAAAAAGUGUCCAUUUUGCAUAGAAAAGAAAUGAUGGUGCAAGUUUCUGGAUGACUUACAGAAUGGGUAGACUGUGGGAAGAGACUGAACUACUUUGAAACAUGUUAGUCAUCCAUAAAAUGCAAUGUUAGCAUCAUGGAAAGGUUUUAAUAUGUCUAGUUUUGAGGUUUUUUUCUACCCCAUUUAUCCCACUUCCCUACCCCCCAGCUUAAUCUAUGGAAGUUCAAAGUGCCAUUCUUGCUGUUUGAGGAAACAUGAUAGAACUGUUGAUAAUUUUUAUGAUGGCAUGGUACUGAAUAGAAAAGGAAGGCAAAAGAAAGGCAUUGUAUUUUUUUUCCCACCCAAAACCACUCAAGAAAUGUAAUUUUUUAAAAUAUAAAAUCAUGCUACUGCAUCUCAUCUCUCAAAUCUGCUCAUAAAAAACUGAAUAGGCUUUGUAACUGCAGUAACAAUCUUCAAAACAGACCAAAUGUAACAGAUUCAAUUUCCUUAGUAGUAGCAAAGGAAUACUGGCUUUCAGGUGCCAAAAUUGUUCUGCUUAAUAACUGAAAAUUGAAAGACCCUAAUCCCUUACAACUCGGUAUCCACUUAAAAUUUCGAACGGAAACAAAGUGCCAAAACCAUGAACCAUUCUCUAACGAAUGAUACCAACUUCCAUUUUGGAAGUUUCUUCAAAAUGGUUUUGCAUUGUUAGGACAACCUUGCACAGAAAUCGGAAGGUUAGAAAUAUAACUUUAAAAAGAAAUGAAUGCUACAUAGAAUAAACUGGUUCUACAUCCUAUGUAGUGCAUUAUUUUAAAGUCUUAUUAAUUUAGUGGCAGCAAUUGUAGUGAAUGGUAUUUCCCCGUUGUAACAGCUUGCUUACUGAACUUAGCUCCAGUUUGCUAAAGACUAAAUUGGUACUUGAAGCACAACACUGAUAGCUCCAGAAGGCAAAAGAAAAACGGAAUCCACAGAGUAAUUUGUUAUAUCCUUGGAGGCUGCUUCAGAUGAUACAUGAAAGCCUGAUACAGCUUUCAGAUUGGAGUUCCCUGUCUGUAAAGCAGAAACUAAAAACCUUUCCAAAGGUGAAUUCAGAUUCUCAGACAGCCAUUUUUGACUUACUGUGUGCUUUGAUCACUGGAUUUCUUUGCUAGAUAAUGCUAUGCAGUUAUCAUAGAAUGAAAUGGUUAUUCUGCAAAUUGUCCAGACUGCUUUAUAGGUGACAGAAUGUCAUUUGUGCUUAUCAUACUGACUUUCCAGACUAUGUUUCAUUUUCCAUACAUAAUACUUCUACAGUUAAGCUGGAAAAAAUUUUAUGUUGCAAUUUUAUGUGAUUUGAGACAGAAAAAGAAGUUAGGAAGACAAGGAGACACGGUUCAACAAGAAACCAUAAAUCAUCUUGUAAGCAAAACUGGUGUUAAUAGAAAGGCCUCAUUUGCCAAUACAAGUUAUUUUCUUUCACUCAAAGACCAAUCCCAUUGACUGGGACUGCCAAUGCUCUUGUGCUGUUUUCAGCACAGGCCUACCAAUGGCUUGCCGUAUUUAUGACAGCAGGAGAUGCUUACUGAAUGGCAGUGGUCAAAUCAAAGGACUCCUUUAUAGACUGUGAGGAAAAAAAGGGUUAGAAUUUAAUUCACUAAGCAGUUUGAAAAAACAUAUUAUCAGUGUAAAAUCUUUUAUUAUUUUAAUUAAUUGCAAGAAGCAUCAAUACAAAGGUGAGAAACUCCUAAUGUAGCUCUCUUAGCAACAUCCAAAGUGGCAGGCUUGAGAAUACUUCAGAGUUUUAGAGCCAGUUAAGCUCCUUGCUCCCAUUCAGUUCCACUCAAGGUAACACCGAAGUGUGUGCUAGCCCUCCAGUCCUCCUUCUGUUCAGCUGCCUUUAUCUUCUUGGAAAGAGAAUCGUUAAACUGAUGGGAAGGAAACCUCCAUGCCAGAUAUCCAGGCUGAACACCUGCUGGCCAUUACACUAGACUGGGCUGAAGCAUGUACCCAGCUGCUCCAAUAACCCUUUGUGGCCAUGUCAAUACAUCUCCUAUUUUAUAGAUCUCUCUCCUUCUACCCCAGUGUGUUAAAAACUCAAAACCAACCAAAACUAAACCCCACAAGCAUCUAAUCCUUAGGUUCCCAGCACUGUCCAGCCAGGCUCCUUUUUAAUUUAACUCUGCUUACUGUAAAUAUUUAAAUAGAUUAAUAAAUAUUUUAAAAAAAGUAUUUUGUAUAUUUAAAAGCAAGGAACUGAUUUAAAAUUCUUCCAGAUAAUUUGCUACUCUAUUUCUUUAAUCUCAAUACCACUGAGAUGCCCUUAAGAGUGGUCUGCGAGAUGUGCUCAUCCACAUAUUUUGAGGAUGUACCCAUCGAAGCCAUAAAGCAUUGCUAAGGAGACACUGAUUGCUCAGGGUCACAGGCAGAACAGUUUCAUGCAACAUCUACCCAGAUGAACCUUUGUUCCACCUUCACCUGAUUAAAAUUUUGUGAUUUGAAAAAAGGGAAAAGGAAGGGAAUGUAGAUAAUUAUGCAACCAAGUUGCAAAGCAUUCCAAGAUUAUAGUUUACUCCUACAUCAUACACUAUUGAAACAUAUAUAAUUUCUUUCGACACACAGAUCAUGAAUAUAUCUAAGAAGUCUGGAAAGUAAACAAUCAAAAAACCAAAACAGUUUUCCAAGAUUCUUUCUCUGAAAGUAGUGAAUAGUCUUUUACCCCGCAGGCUAGCAAAAUUUUUAAAGCAUUUUGGAUCUUCACACAUUCUAUAAAUUGUGUACUAUAGGAUUUAUUGGCAAAGUAUUGUAUGAUUGAUUAUGUAAUGGGUCUUAGGAAAGUAAGGGCCUGAUGCAAGGAGAUGAAAUGUGCAUAAAUGCCAGUAAUACACAGAGACUAGAUAAAAAAGAAUACGUGUGUUUGCACAUACAUAUGUACAUACGUGUGUAUAUACAUACAUACAUGAAUAAAAAUAUAUACGUAAACACGCAAAAUACCCACAGGAGUAGAUUACAGACAGUUUGCCCAUUUAUUAGACAGUGAGCAGAGUUAAAAUUAUUUUCUUCCUCCUAUACAAAGAUUAGUUUGCUUUUUUGAAAAUUCUAAAUUAAAUAUUUUGUACCCAUUUGGAGCCUAGAAGACCUCAGCAGAACUAGAAGUCUUAAAGUAAUGCAGCUGUUUCAAAAUAAGCCCGUUCCCUAAAGUUAAGACUUGAGAGGGAUGGUAUGAAGGUAUGAUGUAAAGGACUGGAGAGAUUUUGUGCUAAUAUUAAAUUCCAUCUACACAAACGGGUAUUAGGCAACGUAGAAUCAUUCUUUAAAAAUAAAUUAGAACAUUCCCCUAAUCAAGCAACCAAUCUUCAAAAUGAAAAAGCAAAAUUCAUAUAUGCCCCAUUGGCACAUCCCCAAGAAAAUGUUUAGUUUGGUAGACAAUUAUAAAAGGAAGAAUUUCAGAAUGCAAACUCUUACAUGUUACAACAUGUAAGUAUUGACUUAUGUAGUGUGUCUGUGUCUCUUUGCCACACUCGUCUAUAGGAUUAUGGGAAGCAAUUAAUUUUGUGUGAGAUGACAUUUUGUUUCUUGUUAAUGCACUUUAAUGUAAUGUGUAUAUUUAUACUUAGUAAUUUUUUUUAUGCUUUUCUAGUAAACUGUUGCAAAUGUAGUGAAUAAAUAAAUACCUGAUUGUCAAAAACUGUGGGUUUGAGAAAAUAAGCUCAGAAAAAAUUAACUUUAGCACCCCAAUAUGGAUAUUAGGCUUCAUUUGCACAUACCUAUUAAAGAGCUAUACAGGGACAAGAAUGUUUAUAGAGAAGAGCUGACACUCAGCUGACAGGCAGCCAGAAUUUAAUGUGGGCAAGGGGACUGCUUUUGCCAUGACUCAUAGUUUGGCCAAUUCCAAAAUGGAUAUGUGCUUCUGCUGUAAGUGAUCCUGAAGACUACUUUAAAGCAUCAUCUAAUUUAAAAUAACAGCAAUUAAUUUUGUGCUGUGC